CCUGGCUGCGCUAUCGAACAAGUCUCGGUAGUCACACAGCGGCACGAUGGCGGAGAGCGACCGGGGCAGGAGCGGCUCGGUGGUUGCCGAGUCGGCCAACUUUGCCGAGGCGUUGCAGAUGGUGCACGACAUGAAUGCCUCGAUGACUCCAGUGGGCGCCGUCGACAGAGUCGAGAACUCGAUCCUCGAGGAGAUUGAGCUGGAGGAGGAGGAGCACGCGAGCCAUCGGGCGGCCGAGGAGAGGCCGAAGAGCGGGGAGCGCAUCGGCGACAAGAGGCCGAAGAGCGGGGAGCGCAUCGGCGACAAGCUCGACCCGAUCCUCGGCUCGACCGACCACCUGCCGGUGUGGGCCCCCAAAGGCGCAGACAAGCCGCCGCCAUCUCAACUCACUCGGCUGCGGCGCAUGAUGCCGACGUUCUCCGAGUGCAGUCUCAGCUUGGGCGUUCUGCUGCUCCGCGAGCUGGCCGGCGCGGCCCUCCUGCUCGCGGUGCCCGUUGCAGUCAUCCUCGUCGAGGCGCCGUCAAAGAUUGAUCCAAGAUGCAUGUCUCUAUCCAAAUGCACUGGCGCAGUCACGGGCCCCAAGCUGUACGCUGAGCCCGACGAUUCGGAUGGCUGGGGGCCGGACGACGACAUCCGACUCGCCCAAUACCUCAUCCUCUGGAUCGCGCGGCCGCUCUACUCGCUCGCUGCGGCGCGCCUCCUCUCGCUCGUCGUCAUCUCCUUUCUGAGCAUCCCGUCGAUCCUGCGCACGCUGCCCGGCAUCGUGGUGCUGCUACUGCACAGUAUCUUUUCGAUGCCGCUCUGCCCCCCGGCGAUCCUCUUCCCCGCGACGAACGGCGUCUUCCGUCUCCUCUACUUUGACCGGCUGACUUGGAAGCGGCUCUACGAGCUGCCCUCCUUCGUCCCGGCCAGCAUGUGGAUGCUGGCGGCAGCGCUCGCGUUCUGCCUCCUCGACGCCGCCGUCCAGUUCUCGCAGAACCAGCUCGCGCUGAAGCACUACGAGGACCGCUCCCAGUCCGCUUACGAGCAGCAGGCGGCGCUGCGCAAGGUCGCGGCCGCCGCCAAGAGCUGCGAGCGGCGGCGCGCCUACCCGAUGCGGCCGUCGCCCCGGGACGCGGCGGGCGAGGGCCUGCUCUCACGGCACCUCUCCGGCCUCAGCAAGCUGCAGCAGCAGCUCCAGAGGCUGGCCGGGCCGCUCGACCUCGGCUCUGAGCUCGCAGAGGCGGCCAGCCUCUGUCAGGCGCGCCGGCGCGCGCAGCGCAUCUUCAACCUGCUCCUCCGCGAGGAGGGCCUGGUGACGCUGCCGCCGAGGCGGACGGGCCGCACGAGCGGCGAGAAGGAGGAGCCGUCCGUCGACCGGGACGCGCUCCUCCGCUGGGCCUACCAGGGCGACCGGCGUCCGCCGCCGCCAAAGCUCGCGGCCGACCUCUUCCCGUACGGACAGCUGGUCGACAGAGACCAGUUUUGCAAGGUGGUCGAGCGCUCGUACAAGGAGCAGCGGCUGCUCACCGCCUCGGUCGAGAGCUUCGACCGGCUGCAAAAGAUCCUGCUGCGCGGCCUGCAGGUCCUCGUCGCCUUCAUCUUCCUCGUGCUGCUGCUGCGGCUCCCCUUCAUCCGGAUCAACCUGGUCAGCAUGCUCAUCCCGCUCACCUCGGCGCUGCUCGUCUUCUUCUCGCUCGCCGGCGGCCUGGUCGCCGAGGUGUUCAGCAGCUUCUUCUUCACGUACGUCACGCGCCCGUACGACAUCGGCGACCGCGUGUACGUCGCCACGCCCGGCCAGGGGCCCGUCCUGUACUCGCUCAUCGUCAAGGACAUCGAGGUGAUGCGGACGCACUUCCUCACCGCCAACGGCGAGGCGAUGGUGGUGAGCAACAGCUCCGUCAAGAACAUGGCGCUGACCAACCUGUCGCGCUCGGGCAAGCUGACGCUGCUCGUCCAGCUGAUGGUGCCGGUCGCCACGCAGUCGAGCAAGAUCAACGAGCUGCUCGAGGCGAUCACCUCGUACGUCUCGGACGGGUCGGGCGACUGGAGCGCGUGCGACAACCAGUUUGGCGAGGCCGCGCUCGACAAGGGGCACCUGCUCCUCAACAUCUGGCCGACGAGCGUGUACGCCGCGCACGAGAUCAUGGCCAUCUACGCGGCCAAGUCGCGGCUGCUCCUCUUCUGCCACGCAUACAUGCAGGCGGCAAAUAUAGAGUACAUCAUGCCCGUACUGCCGAUGCGGGACAGCCCGGGCCCCCGGGCCGGUUUGGCGGGCGUGGUCGAGCAGGCGCUGAGCGCGGCGGCGGUGGGCAAGCUCACCGCGGCGAAGGGGCAGGGGGACGGCGGCGGCGGCGGCCUGCCCUUUGGGCUGACGGCCAAGCAGGCGUAGCGCGCGGGCGUGGGCGCGCCGUGCUUGUUAGAGCUGUUUAACGUUGGGAGCUGAACAGUGUUGCUAG